AUGCUGCUCUGUCUCACCUUCAUUGACUUGAAGAAGGCCUUCGACUCAUUUGAGAGCGGUAGUGGAGGCCUUGGACAACCAAAGAGUCCCUACUCAGCACAUAAAGCGGAACGAAUGCUGACCGAAUUCGACGAAACAUGUGGAUGUAUCGUUCUUCAGCUGAAUCUGCAAAAGACGAUGUUCAUGAGCAACGGAUGGGUCUCGGAUGCCCCAUUCAUGCUCAACGGAAGGAACAUAUCAGAAUGCAUCAGCUACGUUUAUCUGGGUCGGGAAUUGAAUGUGAUGAACGACAUGAUCCCCGAGCUGGGCAGGAGGAGACGAGCGGCUUGGGGAGCGUAUAGGAACAUGGAGGAGGUGGUAAAGAAGACUAAGAACAUCCGUCUCCGUGCUCACCUCUUCAACACCACAGUACUUCCUGCUUUGACCUAUGCUUCAGAACACUGGGCAUUUCGCAAGCAGGAAGAAAACGCGGCCGGAGACAAAGCCGACUUUGGUACCGCGGGUAACCCAAUAUCCGCCACAUGGGAACACCACACACCUCGCCACGAUCUUCUUGUCGCCGUUCUUUUGAUUACACACUACAAGGAAAUUCUAUCAAAGUCCGAUCAAGACGAGGAAGGACAAACAAGACCACAAGGAUACAAGUUCGAGAGAUGGCAUGGUUAA